GGGCCAUUCAUAAUGCUAUGACUAGGUAGCUACUACAAGUCAAGGCCAUUAUUUUGUUUUCUCCACUCCUUUCACAGUUUCACUCCUCACCCUUCCAUGUAAAGAGCAAAAAACACACACACACACACACAGAGUGAUGGUAUCAGAAGAAAGCUCCACACCAAAGCUCCUCAUGUUGUCACCAAGACUCUCUCCAAAUCCACCAGGUCUCUCCACCCCACCCCACCAAACCUCAGCCUCAGUCCCAUUCCUCUGGGAAGAGGAGCCUGGGAAGCCCCGUCCCUGCACUGCCCUGGUCACUCUCCCACACCACAAAUGCCUAGAGCUCCCUCCCAGGCUCCAGCCAUUGGAGCACUCUAGGCUAAUUACCAAAACGCCCUCCCCCACCACUGUUCUUGAUGGCCCUUAUGUGGCCAAGUCUGUAGCUUACUCUUCUUCCUUCAGAAUUUUCAGCAGAAGCAAGCGUUAUGAUUCUUUUGAUUACAGGUCUAGUGGGAGGUUCAGUCCUGAGAGAGUUCAGAUUGGUGCUUUGUUUGGUAAUGAGAAGAAGGGUAGAAAAGGGCUGUUUGGUCAUUCUAAGGGUCAAAUGCACAAGUCUAAGAAAGUGUUGGGUACCAAACUGGAAUUUUGCGAAGAGGGUAGCUCUGUCAUUUCACCCUCAUGGGAUGACGUGUCACAGUUUGCUGAGGAGGAGGAUGAGAAAGAGGGUGACAACAGUGGUACCCCAAUCAAAGUGAAGAUGACUAAUUUGUCUCAUGCCAAAUCUCACUUUUGGAUGACAAUGCGCGAGGGAAUCAAGCAUGCCAUUCCAUGGAAGUCGAGAAAAUCAAAGAAACAAGUUCAUAUUGUCUAAUGUCCUCACCUGAAUACUAAUGUCUACCAUAGGCUGUUUAAGCUCCUGUAACAUAAAUUCUAGCUCAUAUUUGUUUGUAACUUUAUAUUGCUUGUAUGCCAGAUUACUUGGCUCCAUAUUAAAUUAUUAGUAUAUAUAUCCUGGACUCCUGAGUUUGUUGUACUA